CGGAACUAGCACGCUAAACAGCUAGCCGGGCUCCUUUCCUUUUCUGCCGAGCCGUCUGCGGACCAAAACGUGUCCCGACAAAAUGGCACUGUAUAACUUCAAGAAGAUCAUGGUGGUUCCCACCGCCAAGGAUUUCAUUGACAUCACUUUAUCCAAAACACAACGGAAGACGCCCACAGUGAUACACAAGCAUUACCAGAUCCAUCGCAUCCGCCACUUUUACAUGCGUAAGGUGAAGUUCACGCAGCAGAACUACCAUGACCGCCUCACGCAGAUUCUGACCGACUUCCCGAAACUAGAUGACAUCCAUCCCUUCUACGCUGACCUGAUGAACGUCCUUUACGACAAAGACCAUUACAAACUGGCCUUGGGUCAGAUCAACAUCGCCAAGAAUUUGAUUGACAACGUUGCCAAAGACUACGUGCGCCUGAUGAAGUACGGCGAUUCUCUUUAUCGAUGCAAGCAGCUGAAGCGAGCCGCUCUGGGUCGCAUGUGCACCAUCUUGAAGCGACAGAAGUCCAGCCUGGAGUAUCUGGAACAAGUUCGUCAACAUCUGUCCCGUUUGCCCACCAUUGACCCCAACACCAGGACGCUGCUGCUGUGCGGAUACCCUAACGUGGGCAAGUCCAGUUUCAUCAACAAGGUGACCCGAGCGGACGUGGACGUGCAGCCAUACGCCUUCACCACCAAGUCACUGUUUGUGGGUCACAUGGAUUACAGAUACCUGCGCUGGCAGGUGGUGGAUACGCCCGGGAUCCUGGACCACCCUUUGGAGGACCGCAACACCAUCGAGAUGCAGGCCAUCACGGCCCUGGCCCACCUGCGGGCGGCAGUGCUCUACGUCAUGGACAUGUCGGAGCAGUGCGGCCACUCCCUGGCCCAGCAGCUGGAGCUCUUCAACAACAUCCGACCGCUUUUCGCCAACAAGCCGCUCAUCGUGGUGGCCAACAAAUGUGACGUGAAGAAGAUGAGCGAGCUGUCUGAGGAGAACCAGAAAAUGUUUGCAGACUUGUCCGCGGAAGGCAUCCCCGUCAUCGAGACCAGCACACUGACUGAGGAGGGUGUUAUCCAGGUCAAGAAUGAGGCCUGCGACCGUCUCCUGGCUCAGCGUGUGGACAGCAAGAUGAGGGGCAAGAAGGUCCACGACGUCCUCAACAGGCUGCACCUGGCCGUGCCCGCCAAGAGAGACGACAAGGAGAGACCGCCGUUCAUCCCGGAGAAAGUUUUGACGCGCAGGAGAGCUAUGGAGGUGGACGCACCAAAGCGCAAACUGGAGAAAGAUCUGGAGAUGGAAAUGGGAGACGACUACGUCCUGGACCUUCAGAAAUACUGGGACCUGAUGAACAACGACGAGAAGCACGACAAGAUCCCGGAAGUGUGGGAAGGCCACAAUAUCGCCGACUACAUCGACCCAGCUAUUAUGAAGAAACUGGAAGAUCUGGAGAAGGAGGAGGAGCUCAAGGAGCGUGCCGGCGAGUACGACUCGGACGACGAAAGCGAGGACGAGGAGAUGAAGGCGAUCCGCGUCAUGGCCAACCAGAUUCGCGAGAAGAGGCAUCUCAUGAUCUUGCAGUCCAAAGAGAAAGACGUGCACGGGCCGCGGAUGCCCAGGACCGUCGCCAAGGUUGAGAGAAAGACGUUGGAGAAGGAAAUGGGUGACCUCGGCCUGGACAUGAGCGACAAAAACAACAGUCACUACGCCCAGAAUGCUCGCCGCUCCCGCAGCGUCACCCGGAAACGAAAGCGUGAGAAUUCGGUGGCGCCGCCGACUUCCAAGACACGUAGCCAGAGCACCUCUCGGCCUCCUCGGGACAAAUCCGGAUUACGAGACGCAAAGAUGGCAAAGAAGACCAAGAAAAUGAUGAAGAACUCCCAGAAGGGCAUGAACCGCCAGGGCAAGAAGGGCGAGGCGGACCGACACGUGUUUGACCUAAAACCCAAACACCUGCUGGCGGGAAAGAGGAAGUCAGGACCCACUGACCGCAGAUGAACAAGAAUCACAAGUCUCUCUGGACUCUUGGAACAUGUGAAGAAGGCACUUCCCUCUGGGUGACUUCUACACAAUACCCAAAUCGGGAAAUGAUCAUUACCUUCUCUGUCCAAUAUUUUAGUAACUUGUUGAUGAUGGCGGCGGUUGCGUGAUUUGUUGUUCCGGCACUCAAACACUGUGUGGGAAUUCAUGUUGGAUAAAGUUGAUGUUGGCAAAUAAAUAUUAAUCUAAUCCCA